AUCAAUAAUAAAUAAUGUGUCCGCCAUUGUACAUUCAGUAUCGUGUUUAGUUUAACUUUGUAUCGAAUAUUUAAAAUGCAACGAUAUUCUCCGUACAUCGAAAUAAAAAAGCUUUUAAUUUAAAACAAUGGACAUCUACUGCAAAGUAUUUACUGUGCUCCUACUAAUAAAAUCAGUGCAUCUUUACUGUGGUCCAUACAAUGGAAAAAUAUGUAAGAAAUAUUCUACGGGCUAUGUUUGGUAUAAUCAAACCACUGGUGGCUUAGACAAUGAAAAUAUUACUACAGGCCUAUGGAAAGAGAUGAUAUCUACUUUGAAAGAACCAUGCAGAAGCAGAGCGGAAAAAUUACUUUGUGCUUACGCCUUUCCCAAGUGCAUUGAUAAAGAUGGAGUUGGUUAUUUUGCUCUACCCAUAUGUUACGAAGACUGUAUGGCUGUCAAAAUGCAAUUUUGUUACAAUGAUUGGAUCGUUAUUGAGGAACAAAAACGUAGGGGAGUGUUCUUUGAGACCAGAGGACAUUUUAGAUUUCCUGAAUGUGAAAACCUCCCUAAAUUCGCAGGCAAAGGUGCACAAGUUACAUGUCAUAAUACAGGUAUUACUGAAAUGGACUAUAAUGAAGUAACUACUCAUUGUGUAAAAGAUAAUGGCAGAUACUAUCAAGGCACUAUGAACAUGACCGAGACAGGACUAGCUUGUCAAGCCUGGGAAUCGCAGUCUCCACAUCAGCACACUAGACCACCUCUUGUCUUUCCUGAAGUUCAAAAUUCAACGAAUUACUGUAGAAAUGCAGGGGGUGAAGAACAAAAACCUUGGUGCUACACUAUGGAUCCAAAUGUACGAUGGGAACAUUGUGAUAUACCAGCAUGUGCCAACUCAAGUGAUGAGAUUGACAAUACCAGUAGGCCAAAUAUAAUUAUGGAAAAUUAUUUUACUCCAUCCUUUGUUUUAUUACUCUCAGUUGGUGGAUUGGGCUGUGUUUUACUAAUAGCGUCAGUAGCUUUGCUGUGUCACUACUUUUUGAAAAACCAUUAUUCAAAAUGUAACAUUUCAAACCGCAGGAAUGGAAAAAAUAUGGAUAUUGACUUGGACAAACUUCCCAGUAAUUUAGCUUAUCACACAACUGGUGCACAACUAAAUCCAAAACUCGAAAAGCUUGAAUUCCCUAGAAAUAAUAUUAUUUAUAUCCGUGACCUAGGUCAAGGUGCUUUUGGGAGAGUUUUCCAAGCCAAAGCUCCUGGACUUGUACCAGAAGAAGAGUUCACUCUAGUUGCUGUUAAAAUGCUCAAAGAUGAAGCUUCCCAUGAUUUACAACUGGACUUUGAAAGGGAAGCUUGCUUAUUAGCUGAUUUUGACCACCCCAAUAUAGUUAAAUUAUUAGGUGUUUGUGCUAUUGGACGGCCGAUGUGCUUGUUAUUUGAAUACAUGGGGAAAGGAGAUCUAAAUGAAUAUUUAAGAGCUUGUAGCACAGCUCCAAAUUUUGCGCCUGCUGUGGAAAACAGAGAAGACUUAAGAUUACUUGCAAUGCCUCUUAGCCAUUUAGAUCUUUUGCAUAUUGCAAGACAGAUAGCUUCAGGAAUGGUGUAUCUUUCAGAUCGAAAAUUCGUACAUAGAGACUUAGCAACUAGAAAUUGUCUUAUUAAUGAUGACAUGGUUGUUAAAAUUGCAGAUUUUGGCCUAUCACAUAAAAUUUAUUUACAAGAUUAUUAUAAAGGGGAUGAGCAUGAUGCUAUUCCUGUCAGAUGGAUGCCACUAGAAAGUAUUCUAUAUAAUAAGUAUACAUUAGAAUCUGAUGUGUGGGCAUAUGGUGUGUGUCUAUGGGAAAUAUUCUCAUUUGCUCUACAGCCUUACUUUGGUAUGACACAUGAAGAAGUAGUAAGGUUUUUGAAAGAUGGUAAUGUUCUUGCUUGCCCUGACAAUACUCCUAGGUGUGUUUAUGAUCUAAUGAAGCAAUGUUGGAACCACCACCCUAGUGAUCGUCCUAAUUUUAGAGUCAUAUAUCAGACAUUAGAUAAUAUACAAAUAAUUCUUGAAAGAACACAACACAGUGAUUGAUUCUGUGU